GCCAGCCAGGGGCAGUCAAAGUACUUGAGAUAGAAGCCAUCGCCGACGUCGAAUUCCGACGAUUGGUUCUUCCUUCCCUCGCCCCGCGCAUAGAAUUGCCCGCUCCGCUUCGUCGUCGCCUCACUUUCACAUUCAACCAUCAGUCCAUCACCAUGGCUCGAUGCGAAAAACGCAAUUAAAAACUUCUGCUUGGGUGUAUAUGUCAAUACACCGAGAGGAGGAAGCCCACUACCCCGACUCUCUCUCCUCUCUUCUCCCUCCUCUCCUCCCCCACCGAGUCGCCGCCCCCUCGCUUUCACCCCACGCGGAAGCAAGAAUUCUUCGUCAAAAUCCCACCUUGCUCGUGUUUCCGUGGAUUUUUUUGCUGUUUCUUUGGUGCCAUGGGCUUCUGAUCCGGGGUUUCUUGGAUCUUGGGAGGAGGAGGUGGGGCGGGCGGCCGGCGGCGAUCUGGCGGGUAGGAGAUGGCCGGCGGGAAGGAGCCGAUCGAGGUCCGGUUCCGGCUGUUCGACGGCACGGACAUCGGGCCCAGCAAGUACGACCUCUCCACCACCGUCUCUGCUCUCAAGGAGUUCAUCCUCGCUCGGUGGCCGCAAGCAGAUAACAAUAUAGCUCCAAAAACUGUCAACGACUUGAAGCUUAUCAAUGCUGGAAGGAUACUGGAGAAUAACAGGACACUUGCUGAGUCCUGUGUUCCAGUAGGAGAGGUCCCUGGAAGUGUAAUUACAAUGCAUGUAGUAGUGCGACCUCCACAAGCCGACAAAAACAGUGAAAAGCAGCUUGCCAAUUCCCACAAACAGAACAGAUGUGGAUGCACCAUACUGUGAUAAGAUGCCUACUUGAUGUACAAUUUUGUGUAUUUGUGUUGUUGUGUUCACACGAGUGUAAAUUCGUUUUGACAUCCGAAUAUGCCUUCGAAUGAAGAUUUCUGGAGGGUGCAUUGUGAUCGUCGUGUUGUAACAAGCAGGAGUGGAGGAUUGGAUGCUUCUUGUUGUAUAAAUUGUAAUGUCAAAACAAAAAAGCUCUUCCUUUUCAUUUUCUUUUCUUGCUACGUUAACUUUAUAUCCAUUCUUUUUAGCGA